AUGUCUGUUACAAAUAAUUACAACGAACAAUCAACAACAACAGAUCAAUAUGGACACGAUCGAAUGGACGUGACUGAUUUUUUAGGUAGGGUGAACCUAAACUCGGCGCAAAUAAGGGAGAUCGCUGGUCUUGGUGCCGUUGAUUAUAUAAAAUUGGACGAGCAGGGAAUAACGCCAGGGGCACUGCCGAGUCGGGGAGUAAUGGAUGACUUAUGUUAUGGCACUGGGACGACUUAUCUUGCUGGCUUGACUUUUGGCGGUAUUUGGGGUUUAACGGAAGGUCUACGUGGACAAACUCCCAAUUUCAAACUAAGAUUGAAUACGAUACUUAACUCGGUGACUAGGCGUGGUCCAUUUAUUGGAAAUUCGUGUGGAAUCUUGGCUAUGGGUUACAAUGGAAUUAACGGCAUAAUCGGAAGUAUGAGAGGGAAACAUGACUCAAUAAAUAAUGUUAUGUCAGGUGCAUUGAUAGGCGCGAUCUUUAAAUCUACAGCUGGUAUAAGAGCAGCGACUACUGCAUCGGCAAUAUGUGCAGCCACCGCAGGAACAUGGACUCUUGCAAAACAAUAUUUUUUUAGGCAUAAAUAA